AUGAUUCCAGUCAUAACGCUGGUGUGGCUGGCCAAACUGCUGAUCCUGGCAGAAGCAGGCACCGAACACGUCCGCGAUCUAGAUGUAUCCGAAGGAGCUCCAGUAGGUACCAGAAUAGGCUUUAUAGGCGACGGAGCGUCUCCAGACAGCGGACCACCAUAUCUAAUAGUUCCGGUAGGCAGUGCUGUCGAUACAGACUUAUCCAUAGAUCAAACAACUGGAGAAAUAAGAACGAAAGUACCAUUGGAUCGAGAAACCAGAGCUAGUUACUCAUUGGUAGCGAUACCUAUGAGCGGGGAUAAUGUCAAAGUUAUUGUAAAAGUCCUGGAUGAGAACGAUAAUGCUCCGACUUUUCCCAUGCCCGUAAUGAACAUAGAAUUUCCGGAAAAUACACCUAGAGAUGUUAAAAGGACUUUACAUCCUGCUAGAGACUUAGAUUUGGAUAUUUUCAACACGCAAAAGUACAAUAUUAUAUCAGGAAACGUAAACAACGCUUUCAGACUGUCUUCCCAUCGAGAAAGAGAUGGUGUGCUGUAUCUUGAUCUACAAAUCAACGGAUUUUUAGACAGAGAAACUACAGCUUCAUACACCUUGGUAAUAGAAGCUUUAGAUGGUGGUACACCACCCUUAAGAGGAGAAAUGACUGUUAACAUCACAAUACAAGACGUCAACGAUAACCCGCCCGUCUUCAACCAAAGCAGAUACUUUGCUUCAAUACAAGAAAACGCUACAGUAGGCACGAGCGUGCUGAGAGUAACAGCUUCAGAUGCAGAUUCAGAAGAAAACGGCCAACUUGAAUACUCUAUCAACCGUAGACAAAGUGAUAAAGAUAACAUGUUUCGCAUCGAAGCUUCAACCGGUCUUAUAUCAGUCAAUAAACCUCUCGAUUUUGAAAUAAAAGAGCUUCACGAGUUGGUUAUCGUAGCAAAGGAUCAUGGAUUGCAACCGUUGGAAGCUACAGCUUUCGUAUCGAUCAAAGUAACCGACGUUAACGAUAAUCAACCUACAAUUAACGUGAUUUUUCUAAGCGAUGAUGCUACGCCAAAGAUCAGCGAAUCCGCGCAACCUGGAGAAUUUGUAGCAAGGAUUAGCGUACACGAUCCUGAUUCCAAAACCGAUUAUUCCAAUGUCAAUGUUACUUUGAAAGGAGGUGAUGGCCAUUUCGGUUUAACCACCAGGGAUAACAUAAUCUAUUUGGUUAUAGUUUCUUUACCACUGGAUAGGGAAUUGAAGCCUAAUUACACUCUUAAUGUUGAAGCUACGGAUAACGGUACACCUCCUUUGCACGCUACAAGAACUAUCGAUCUUCGCGUUACUGAUAUCAAUGAUAAUGCACCAGUGUUUGACCAUGAGAUUUACCACGCAAAUGUUAUGGAAGUUUCUGAUCCCGGUACGUCAGUUCUUCAAGUUUUGGCCGAUGAUAAGGACGAGGGCAAUAACAGUGCCAUAACUUACUCUCUUCUUGAUACUCCGGAUAGUCAUUCGGGUUGGUUCAGGAUCGAUCCGAGAAGUGGUUUAGUGACGACGCGGGUUCAUGUGGAUUGUGAGACAGAUCCGGUGCCUAAGUUGACGGUGGUGGCUACUGAUAAUGGUUUCCCGCCGUUGUCUGCCUCUGCGACAGUGUUAGUGACUAUACAUGAUGUGAAUGACAACGAGCCGAUUUUCGAUCAAAGUUUCUACAAUGUUUCCGUUGCUGAGAACGAGCGGGUGGGACGCUGCAUUUUAAAGGUCUCAGCCACAGAUCCUGAUUGCGGUGUGAACGCCAUGGUAAACUACACUUUAGGAGAUGGAAAUACAAAACUGAAAGAAUUCAGCGUUCGAUCUGAUACCGGAGAAAUUUGCAUAAGUUCGACCCUGGAUUACGAGAGCAGGAAUUUGUACGAAUUUCCAGUUAUAGCUACCGAUAGAGGUGGUCUAAGCACAACAGCCAUGGUCAAACUCCAAAUCAUCGACAUCAACGACAACCACCCCAUCUUCUACCCGUCCGAAUAUAAUGUGUCUCUUCGCGAAAGCGGCAUAUCCUCAUCAUCUCCGGUGGUCGUCAUAGCAGCGACGGACGCCGAUUCCGGAAAAUUCGGUACAGUCGCGUACAAAAUCGUGACGGGAAACGACGCAGGGCUUUUCCGCAUCGAUAAAACCACCGGGGAAAUAUUCAUCAACAGACCUAGUUUGCUUUCCGCUAGAGGGCAGCCGUAUCAUCGGUUGAACAUCAGCGCUACCGACGGAGGAAAUCUGAAGUCGCUGAAGGACGCCGAAGUUUUUCUUAGUGUCAUCGAUUCUGCGCAGAAACCGCCUAUUUUCGAACAUUCCCGGUAUACUUAUACUGUCAGCGAAAACGUGAGGAAGGAUGUCGUGAUUGGUACUGUCAAAGCUGCUGUGUCGAAUAAUGCAGGAAGAGCGAAUAUUCGUUACUCCAUCUACUCAGGAGAUCCGGAUGGUUUAUUUUUUAUCGACACCAUCACUGGAAUAAUAUCAAUCGCUUCAUCUUUGGACCACGAAAGCAAAGCCAGCGUUCUUCUCAACGUUCAAGCUACUAGCGGAGAGCCUCCUGUAUACGGGCACGCACAAGUGAACAUAGAAAUAGAAGACGUAAACGACAACGCACCAGAAUUUGAAUCGACAAUCGUAAGGAUUUCGGUUCCGGAAAACGUCGAAGUCGGUUCCCCACUAUACUCGGCCCACGCCAAAGACAGAGAUUCGGGCAAAAACGGCAUUAUUACUUACAAAAUAGUAAACAAUCCUUACGGGGGACUCUUCAAAAUCGAUCCGAAAUUGGGAGAUUUGACCAUCACCAGACAUUUGGACUACGAAACUUCUCAGCGGCACAGUUUGGUGAUCACAGCUACUGAUACGGGAGUCCCACCGUUGUCUGCCAAUUUGACAGUUUUGGUGGAAGUGCAGGAUGUCAACGAUAAUGCUCCUGUGUUCGAAAGGAAGGAAUAUUCUCUUAGUAUCGUCGAAUCAACUGCUAUUAACACACAGAUUCUCCAACUUACCGCAAUCGACGCAGACAGUGGCAACAAUGCACGCAUAACCUACCGACUACUUUCCUCUAAUUCCUCAGACGAUUCCGAUCUACAAGACAUCUUUGGCAUCUUCCCUAACAGCGGCUGGUUAUAUCUGCGUGCCUCCUUAGAUCGAGAACUCAGAGAUAAGUACUUGCUGACAAUCGCAGCUACUGAUAAUGGUACUCCUUCCGAAACAGCUACGACUAAAGUUCUGCUGGAAGUGCUGGACGCUAACGAUAACGAUCCUGUAUUCUCCAGCGAUUCCUACCAGUUUCAGAUAGAGGAGAAUUUAAGGAGAGGGACUUCCGUUGGGAGAGUUACAGCUGUAGAUGCCGAUUUGGGUCAAAAUGCUGCUGUUAGGUACAGCUUGAUACCAGGAAAUAGCAGUUUUAUAAUCAAUCAAAUUACUGGUGAAAUCACCAAUAAGGAUCCACUAGACAGAGAACACAAACAAUUCCACGAACUGGUCGUCGAAGCCAGAGACCAAGGUACCCCGUCCAGAAGCUCCAGAGUGAUCGUAACCAUAACGGUUCUAGACAUCAACGAUAACGCUCCAGAAAUAGUAGAUCCUCAAGAAGACGUGAUCAGCGUUCGAGAAGAACAACCCCCAGGCACCGAAGUUGUGAGAGUUCGCGCUAUAGAUGCUGACAGUGGAUCGAACGCAACCAUAACCUACUCGAUUGUUAAAGAUCGUGAUUUCGAUGGACAUAGCGUUUUUGCAAUAGAUCCGAUCACUGGAGUGAUCAAAAGCAGAUUGAUCCUAGAUCACGAAGAGAAAACCAUAUAUCGCUUAGCUGUAGCUGCUACCGAUGGUGGUCAACCGCCUAAACAAAGCGUUAGAGUUUUAAGAGUCGAAGUUUUAGACCUAAACGACAACAGACCUACUUUUACCAGUUCUAGUCUCGUAUUUACUGUAAAAGAAGAUGCUGCUAUAGGUCACGUGGUAGGUUCGAUAGCUCUAUCGGAACCAGUACAUGAAAAUUCUUUAAACGGAGCCGGUGGUUACAUAACUUAUACCGUAACAUCUUUAUCAACAGAUACGUUAAGCGACGCCUUCGAUAUAGAUAGAGGUACUGGUUCCUUAGUAGUUUCCAGACAGUUAGACAGGGAAAUUCAAUCCGAGUAUAGACUAGAAGUAAGAGCUCUAGAUACCAGCGCGAUGAACAAUCCUCAAAGCAGUGCUAUUACAGUAAAAAUUGAUAUAGCUGACGUCAAUGAUAACGCACCAAAGUGGCCGCAAGAUCCCAUAACCUUCAAAGUCAGCGAAAAUACUGAAAUCGGUACGUCAAUCUAUAAUUUUACAGCUUCCGAUGUAGAUACCGGUAGUAACAGCGAUCUAAGGUAUAGUUUACUGAAACAAUUUCCAGCUCAAAAUAAUUUCGCAGUAGAUUCAUUGACAGGGAUGCUGACUCUAACAUCCAGAUUGGAUUUUGAAAUGACCCAAGAAUACACCCUAGUAGUUGCUGCAACUGAUCAGUCUCAAAAUAUUUCCGAAAGGCUCAGUACCUCUGUAACUGUACGAAUAUUAGUCACAGAUUUUAAUGAUAACGCUCCCAAGUUUGUAGCACCAACAUCUACUGUGUACAUUAGUGAUUCAACUGUACUAGGUAUGACGGUGACGCAUAUUAUAGCAGUUGAUCAAGAUAGCGGUGAUAAUGGUCGCGUAACUUAUAUAAUAUCUGGUGGUAACGAAGAUAUGUUAUUCUCUCUUGGAUACGAUACUGGCAGUCUUACGUUGACCAAACCUCUACCUAGUAGUCAGAAAUGUUUCGUGUUAAAUGUAACCGCAAGUGAUCACGGUUCACCCUCUAAGACGUCUACAAUGGAAUUAAAACUUGUUAUUCAGAGUUCCAUCGAUAGUGUUCCAAAAUUUUUGGAGGUUCAAUAUUUGGCUGAAGUACCUGAGGAUGUUGCUAUUGGUACUGUGGUUAUUCGAGUUGCUGCUAGAUCUGGAUUAACACCUGAAGGAAACAACCUUACUUUCAUCCUACCAACAGACGAAACCUUUGAAAUAAUCUCUCCAACUGGUGAAGUGGUAACAAAGAAACUUCUAGAUAGGGAAGAAACUGAGACUUAUAUCCUUACAGUUUACGUCAGCGAUUCCUCACACAAAACAACCUUAUUUGAUACAACGACACUGGUAGUUAAAAUAACUGAUAUGAACGACAAUGUUCCCAAAUUCCAAUCUGGUUCUUGCUAUCGACUGUCGGUGCCAGAAAAUUCCGAAACGUCAGUUAUUCACACUAUGGUUGCUGAAGAUGAAGAUCAGGGUUCUAACGGAGAAGUAAUCUACAGUAUUACAGCUGGAAAUAUUGGAAACAAAUUCAGUAUAGAUUCAAGGACUGGUGAGCUCACAUCUCGUCCUUUGGAUAGAGAAAGCCAAUCGAGAUAUUUCUUAACAAUCAUCGCCAAAGACAGAGGAAAUCCUUCUUUGCAGAGCUUCUGUAAUUUGACGAUAUCGGUAGAAGAUCAGAACGAUAACGAUCCCAAGUUUGAUUUAUCCAAAUAUUCAACGGCGAUUUUGGAAAAUGUGCCUAUCGAUACAUCAGUGCUUAAAGUACAUGCUUCUGAUGCGGAUCUGGGAAUGAAUGCGAGAAUAAUAUAUUCACUUUCUAACGAGAGCCAUUGGUUAUUUCGGGUUGAUAAUAAAACUGGAGUUAUUACUACAGCUGGAUUAUUCGACAGAGAGAAGCAAAGCAUCUACAACUUUCUCAUCGUAGCAACGGAUGGCGGUAAAUACAACGCCAGGUCGCAAAGCGUCCCAGUAACGGUCAAAAUUAUCGACGUCAACGAUAACAAACCAAUUUUCACGCGUUAUCCUUUCAAGCAGAAAGUUGCUCCCUACAUCCAACCCGGUCAGAUGAUCCUGAAAGUUACAGCCGAUGAUGCGGACGAAGGAACAAACGCAGAAAUCGUUUAUAGUAUAUCCAGAGAUGAUUCUUACGGGAAAUUUAGGAUAAAUCCUAACACCGGUAUCAUAACGACCACUCAAUCUUUAGCUAGUAACAAGGGAAAGAUUAUUUACUUGAAUAUGUUGGCUACGGAUAAGGGUAAUCCACCUAGAAGUUCGUCUGGAUUAGUGGAAAUAAUGGUGGGUGACAUGCAAGAGGGUUCGCCCGAUUUAAGAUUCCAAAACGAUUCUUAUACAGUAACGGUGACGGAAAAUGCUGAGCAAUUCAAGGAUAUCAUACAAGUAGCUGCAGUCAGAUCCGAUGGAAGACGUCAAAAGAUUGUUUACUACAUCGGUAGCGGUAAUGAAGAUAAUAUAUUCGUAAUCAAUUCAGAUAGCGGUAUAAUUCAAGUACGAGAUCCGAAAAAUCUAGACUACGAGCUUCACAAGAAUAUCACUUUGGUAGUAGAAGCUAAAACUGAAGGUUAUCCAACGUUACAUGGUUAUUGUAACGUUGUGAUACUACUCACCGAUCAAAAUGAUAAUUCUCCUAAAUUUACACAACACCAAUACGCUGCUAGCGUCUGGGAGGGGAACAAGAAAGGUGAAUUUAUACUACAAGUAGUCGCUUCAGACGCAGAUGAAGGUACCAAUUCCAGAAUCCUGUACCACAUCGUCGAUGGGAACCAUGAUAAUGCUUUUAAAAUAGAACCAGCCUUUAGUGGGAUAUUAAAAACGAAUAUAGUACUUGAUAGAGAAAUUAGAGAUUUGUAUAGAUUAACAGUCAUCGCUACUGACGAAGGAGUACCACAAAUGACCGGUACUGCUAGAAUCAGAAUCAACGUAGUCGAUAUAAAUGACAAUCAACCGACUUUCCCUCCGCACAGUAUUAUUACCGUCAAAGAGGAUACGCCAGUAGGGACUGUACUGACGAUAGUUACAGCUAACGAUGUCGAUACUUAUCCACCACUUACUUACAGCUUCGCUAAAGAUAAUUACAAGAAAGACCUACAAUACUUUAGCAUAGACAGGUACAGCGGUAAAGUUGUAUUGAAGAAGAAUUUGGAUUAUGAAAUGUGGCAGGAGUGUAAGCUUGGGAUUAUCGCUUCGGAUACAGCUCAUUCAGCGCAAACGUUAUUAACGAUCAAAGUUAUAGACGUUAACGAUAAUGCUCCGAUAUUUCUGCAGUCUUCGUAUUUUGCUACUCUACCAGACGAUAACUCUGCUACGCUAAUAGAUAUUCUGUCGUUAAAUGCAACUGAUGCUGACUCAGAAGAAAAUUCAAAACUCCACUAUUCCAUAGAAAAUUCCAUUCCAGGAUUCUCAAUUGACGUUGAUCAAGGGACUCUUAAAGCCAAUUUGUCAAUCGUUCCACAUUACAAUGAAGAUGUCUUGCUGACUGUCAAAGCUACCGACAUGGGAAGUCCAGAAUUACAUAAUGUGGUACCUGUUAGAAUAAGAACCAAUGGGGGAGUUGCUACCGGUAUGAAAUCUGUCAGCAAAAUGGAGUACAAAAUCAAUGUACCAGAGAAUACCACCAAGGGCUCAACAAUAAUGUACUUAGCCAAACCACUAUCGGUUCCAUCAUCAUUCUUUAGGAUCCUCGAUGGCAAUGAAGGCGGCACAUUCGAAGUUAUAAAUCCAUCAGGGGCACUGGUGUUAAUUAAAUUCCUAAACCGAGAAACCCAAGAGAUUUACAACCUGAAAAUAUCAGUAGACAGUACAUCAAUGUCCGUUAUGAGUGUUGUCAUCGAUGUUGAUGAUUCCAACGAUAAUCCACCCGUGUUCCAAACUACGGAUUACGCAAAAACAAUCAGCGAAAAUCUUCCAAUAGGAACAUCAGUAGAAACGAUCACAGCUACAGACGCAGAUCUACCUGGAUCAGUAAAUUCUGAGAUCGUUUUCGAUAUUACAUCGGGCAACGAUGAAGGUUGUUUCAAACUGAACCCAGAAACGGGAGUUUUAUCAAUAAACAAAUCACUCGAUUUCGACAAAGGCAGUACCGAAUAUAAUUUCGUUAUUAGAGCUUGCGAUAAAGGCACGCCGAACUUGUGUACUCUUAAUACAUUCUUAAUUACCCUUCAAGAUGAGAACGAUAACGAACCAAAGUUCCCAGUAUCAGAAUAUUUCGAAUUUGUUGGUGAAAAUGAAGCAGUUGGUACUGCUGUAUUUACUGCACAUGCUACGGAUGCCGAUAAAGGACAAUUUGGUCAAUUGAAGUACUCGAUAGCACCAUCUUACGCCCAACUAGAUAAUUCUUGGAAGCUGUUCAAUAUCAAUCAUUCAACUGGAUUGAUUACUACGUCGACUGUUUUUGAUUAUGAACAAAGAAGUCGUUAUAACUUUGUAGUACAAGCUGAAGACACUGGGGGCAAAUCUACUUCGGUUAAAGUACGAGUAGAAAUUGAAGGCAAAGAUGAAUUCCAUCCACAAUUUACAGAAAGAACUUACAAACUCACAUUAGCAACAUCUUCCGCCCUUCCUGUUGGAUACGUAGUCGGACAUGUUACAGCUACCGAUAGGGAUAAAGGUCCUGAUGGUAGAGUCGUAUAUCAACUCAUCACCCAACAUUCCUAUUUCAAAGUCAACAGAACUACCGGUGACAUUUUAAUCAAAAGGAAAUUUGAUUACACGGAAAUUCCAAAUUCGGGCAGGGAAAUCAGUUUGGUGAUUACAGCUAGCUCUGGAAGACAAGGUUCUUUGACCAAUAUGACUGUAGUGGAGAUUAUAUUGGAUCCUUUAGCAGAUCCUGGUACUAAUUUGGCUAUAAAUCGAAAUAACGAAACAGCAAUAUCGGCUGCCAAUGGAGGAAUAGCAGAUUGGGCUUUGGGACUGCUAAUAUCCUUGAUUCUAUUGAUAAUUACAUUCGGUGCAGUAUUCGUUUUUCUACAUAUGAGGAAUAAACGCAAUAAAAAAAUUAACAAACCUACUCUAGGAGGUGCGGAUGGUGUAUCGACUUCAAACAAUUACGUAGAUCCCACUGCUUUUGAUACUAUACCAAUUCGUAGCACAGUGGGAUCUAUACAAGGCAGUAGUAAUCAGUUUGCGCCUCCGAAAUACGAUGAAAUACCUCAAUACGGAGCUGCGCAUCCAGCUAGUUCAAAUUCAGGAGCUGCCACCACCUCUGAACUAUCUGGUUCCGAACAAUCUGGUUCUAGUGGUAGAGGAUCUGCAGAAGAUGACGGCGAGGAUGAAGAGAUAAGAAUGAUUAAUGAAGGUCCGCUCCAAAGGGAAUCUGGUGUGCUCAGAAGUAACGAAGGAGAUAAUUUAUCUAACACGUCGGUUAGGAAUACUCAAGAGUAUUUAGCUAGAUUGGGAAUUAUCAAUAAUAAUAUUCCGAUUCCGAUUCAGAAUCAACGCGGAAAUAAACCCGUUCCUUUAGAUAUAUUUAACGAAGAAGGAAACGAGAAUGAUAUAACGACUUUAAUAUAUGCUAAAUUAAACGACGUGGCCGGUAGUGAUAGAGCUAGCUCGACCAACGAAGGUCCUAGCAAUAGUAAUAUGAGUACCGCAAUAGAUCACAUGAUAAACGGUUACGGUGACGUACCAGCAGUGACUCAUCAACCGUCCAUGAACGGUUCUUUAAGUUCCAUAGUGCACAGCGAAGAAGAAUUAGCCGGUAGUUACAACUGGGACUAUUUGCUAGACUGGGGGCCUCAAUACCAGCCCUUAGCGCACGUGUUCUCCGAAAUAGCAAGACUGAAAGACGAUAGCGCGUCGGUUCAUAGCGGCGCCAGCGGGACUUCUAGUGUUAAAAGUAAAAAUUCGGUCGCUCAUAAAACUGUACCGCCUCCUUUAAUCACGAGCGUCGCUCCUCGGGCCAUAGCGAUGCCGGUAUUGAACUCCAGAGGAGGUCCUAGUCACCACAAUCAGAUGAUGAUGCUGCCGAGGUCGCCUAUCAAUCACGACGCUUCCGGUGCUACGUUCAGUUCGUCUACGGCCAUGUCGCCGAGUUUUUCGCCUAGUUUAUCGCCUUUGGCGACGAAAUCGCCGUCGGUGUCGCCGUUGGUCGCGCCGGGAUUACCGACCUCGCAUCACGUGAUGGCGCGACAGACUGCGCAAAGAAACAAAUCCGUGGUCGAUGCGGAAUUGAGGAUUUGA